GCGACAGCAGGUCCUCCAACAUGGCCGACGCCGACAACCCCUUUAAACCCAGCCUGGCAGCAGCUCUCAGUAAACUGGAUCCAGAGGACAGCCAGCAGAUCAUGGAGUAUUUUAAAACUCACGUGCUGAUGAUGAGAGAAAAAGCAUUGCUGCAAGCGUCGGUCAGGGAGGAGAAGAAGCUGCUGGUGGAAAACGCCAAACUGAAGAAAGACAUCGCUCAGCUGAAACUGCAGCUGCAGGAGAAACAGAGGAGACGCACGGCCAAGGCCUUGUUCUCCCCGGCCCCGCCCCCUACUGCUAGCCCCGCCCCCAAAGUGCCUGUCACUCAUCUGUCCUCCUCCUCCUCCUCGGUCCCCCCCGCUGCAGGAGCGGCCGCAGCCUCCUCGUCCUCGCUCGACCAGAGAGAGAGAGCGAGCCGGAGGAGGAGAGGAGAGAGGAAAGCUCGUCCUGGGUCGGACUCUCUCUCUCUGGGGGCGGAGCCUCGUGUCGACGUCUCCCGUUUGGACAUCCGGAUUGGUCGCAUCAUCAGCAUCCGCCGCCACCCGCUGUCCCAGACGCUGUUCGUCCAGGAAGUGGACGUGGGAGAGCCCGCCCCCCGAACCGUGGUCAGCAAACUGGGCAUGAGCCCUGACCUGGAGAAGCUCCGGGGCGAUCUAGCUGUGUUGCUAUGCAACGUGAAGCCCUGUAAGGUGAGGGGUGUGGUCUCGCAGGCCCGCCUCCUCUGCUGCUCCGCCCCCGACACCCAGAUCGAGCUGCUGGCCCCGCCCUCUGGCUCCGCCCCCGGAGACAGAGUCACCUUCCUCAGCUACCCAGGUGAGCCUGAUAAGGAGCUGCAGGCGAAGGAGAGGGUUUGGGAGCGGCUGCUUCCCGACCUGCAAGUCGACGUUCGGGGCGUUGCAAACUACAAGGGCUGCAGCUUCGAGGUGAAGGGCAAGGGGCUGUGCAGGGCCCCAUCCCUCACCUGCUGCCCCAUCACAUGAAUACACACACACACACAC